AUGGAUUCAAAUAAUAUUUCAUGUACUGAUAUUAAUGUAGAAAACCAUGAUAAAUAUAGUCUAAAAAAGAUAGAUAAUUACCAACCAGAAGAUUCUGGCAGUGAUAUGGAUAUUUCUGAUGAUGAAGCUGGUACAAUUUGUACACUCCAAGAAAAAGAAGUUUUUUUUAGUGAUAUUUGUACUAUUGAUGAAAUUAUUGAUAGAGAUAAGGAAAAUUGUCUUAGUGAAUGUGUUAAUAGAAGGCAAACAUUAGAUUUAAGUACUAUUUUAGAAGAUGUACCUUCUAAUGGAUUAGAAAAGUGCAAUGUAAAAAAUAAGACUGAAACUUCCCGUGCAGAAAAAGAUUUAGAAAUGUCUUUUUUAAAUAAUGAAAUUGAAGCUUGUAAAGCUAUUUUGAAAGAUGAUGAACUGUUAUCAGAUAAAUUACUAAAAUUAUGUGAGAAAAACAAAGAUAUAUUUAAUGAAGAAGAUAGAAGUUACAUUAGCAAUGGUGAUAUUACACCUUUCGAAGUUUUGGUACAAAAUUUUAGAAAUAUGAAAAACCUUUUGGAAAUUUUAAAUAAACGUAAAGAUACUGAACAAAAUAUAAACGAAACUACUUAG